UUUAGUAGCUAUUGCCGGUAUGCCUGCCCUUGCAUGAGCACACUCAAGUUCCUGGCAGCAGGUUGCUCACUUUACUGCAGUUCUCUGUGUUUAAAUGAGAAUUCACCGUUUAAGUCGCGAGACUUGCAAAGACCCGUGGGUGAAUUUAUUUGCGAGGACUCAGGUUCUUUUCGAGCGAUAGGUUUUUAUGGAAACUUGUGGAUAAUGGAACACGAGACGUUAAUGUAGCUGAGCCAACAGCAACUGCUAAGGCUAUGCGCAGAUAAAUAUACAGGCUAUUUUCACUGCAGCCACUAGUUAGCUAUGUUUACACUGACAGAACCAGAGAGACAGCUCCGCCCCAACUGAGGUCAGAUAACUGCAAUGGUGUUCCCAUCUGGACAUCCCCUUGCCGACCUCCUCACUUCACGAGGUUUUAUCCCGUGUAAAGGUCUUUAGAAUUAAACCGAGUAAUCAAUGACCACAAAACGUCUGUAUGCAACAUGCCCGGUGACAAAGAGCUAAAGAGUCUUCCGUGUGGCCCCGAUGGUUUGGACUGCAUCUUUGAGGGUAAUGCUCGAAUCCUGGCCCUGACAGUGUGUUCGGCAGCCAUUGGAGGAACUCUUCAGUAUGGUUACAACAUUGCCAUAAUCAAUGCACCUACUAUUUAUGUCCAGAAGUUCAUCAACGAAACUUUCCAGGAGCGCUGGGGUGCUGAACUCCAAGUCUACCAGGUGACUCUAAUAUGGACCUUCAUUGUGUCCAUCUUCUCACUGGGAGGGCUGGCAGGUGCCCUGAUUGCUGGUCCAAUGGCUAUCUACUUUGGAAGGAAGAAGUCAUUGCUGCUGAACAAUGUAUUUUUGCUGCUGAGUUCUGUGCUGGCAGUGUUUAGCAGAGCUGCUAGGUCUGUUGAGAUGAUCAUUCUGGCCCGGUUUCUAGUGGGGAUCAAUGCAGGUGUCAGCAUGAACAUCCAGCCCAUGUAUUUUGGAGAGAGUGCACCUAAGCAUUUACGAGGUGCUGUUUCUAUAUCUUCAGCUGUGUUCACAGCUUUUGGAGUGGUGCUGGGACAAGUGGUAGGGCUCAGGGAGAUCUUGGGGAGUGAAUCCUGCUGGCCAUACCUUUUGGCUAGCAAUGCUGUCCCUGGUUUCAUCCAGCUGCUGACAUUACCCUGGUUCCCUGAAAGCCCCCGGUACCUCCUCAUUGACAAAGGAGACAAAGAGGCCUGCAUCAAUGCCUUAUGUCGGUUUCGGGGUUGCGAUGUCCUGCACAGUGAGAUCGAGGAGAUCCAGCAAGAGCAAGCAGCAGCCCUGGGAAUAAAGGCCAAGGGACCCUUGGAACUGUUUACGGAUCAGAGUGUGCGAUGGCAGCUGCUGUCAGUCAUGGUCAUCAGCAGUGCCAUGCAACUGUGUGGGAAUGAUUCUAUAUAUUUCUAUGCAUCGUACGUGUUCCAAGAAGCUGGGAUUUCUGCAGAUAAAAUCCAGUAUGUGACCAUUGGCACAGGUAGCUGUGAAUUUACAGCUUCAAUAGUCAGUAACCUGUUGAUUGAGAAACUUGGAAGGAAGUUCUUGCUGAUGGGUGGGUAUAUUCUCAUGGCUGGCUGGGCAGUGGUCUUCACAGUGAGUCUGUCAUUCCAGAUGCUCGUGGUACCUUCAGUUGAUUGGAAAUUGCUCCUAAGGAGGAACCAGACUUGUGGAGGUCCACAAUUUUUUUUGGCUGAGUUGCUUAGUUUUUCCCAUGGUAUCAAGGGCAAAAGGGCAGUGACUCUAAAGCACACAGUGUCAGAGAUGCCCUACUUGAGUAUGACUUGUGUUUUUGCCUAUAUACUCAGCUUUGGAACAGGGCCAGCUGGAGUAACAGGUAUCCUGCCGACUGAGAUAUUCAGUCAAACAGCUCGCCCAGCUGCCUACAUGAUUGCUGGUUCCAUGAUGUGGCUCAACCUCUUCUUGAUGGGCAUGGUCUUCCCCUUCCUUGUGAGAGGCUUUGGCCAGUUUUGCUUCCUUCCUUUCUGUGCCGUCUGCCUUCUCUCAGCCGUCUUCAUUGGGCUGGUGUUACCUGAGACAAAGGGGAAGAGUCUCCCUGCCAUUGCUGAAGAGUAUGACAAGCUUAAUUUCAGGGGCCAGGAGCUGCAGCUUUCAGUUUCAACUCAACUGGCCCAAUACCAGCCGAGCAAAGUACUCAGUUCUACUUCACUGUAGUUUGUGCAUCAUGCGAGCAGCAGAGCUGCAACAUUUGACAACUGUUUAAACAGGUUUAUCCAUUUAUGGUUGCAGUAAGUUCUUGUAGAAUGGAAGUUAAUAUUGAUAUGUUUUUAAACCAAAAUGAACUUUAAUCAUGGGAUUUUCUAACCUUGGUCCCAGGUGAUCUCAGGUUGAACCUUUUAAUUGAUCAGGACAAUUGAAGACCAGAUCCUAAUUCUUUUAGCUAAAAUAUUUAAUUCAAAAUAUUAUGGCACAGAAUAAUUAUUUGCACAUCUACUAAAUUUAUAUGGACAGUAACUGUGGAAAGAUUACUUGCCACUUUCAUGAUUUUCUUUAUUACUGUACAUUUGUCAUACUGAAUGGUUUCAGAUCUUUAGACAAAAUAUAAUAUUAGACGCGGGGGGGGAUUCCUUUUUCACAUGAAAAAGUGAUAUGGGUGUUUGAUAGCUUUUUUCAUUAAAUGAAUGAAAUAGUAAUAGAAAAAAUGUUUUUUGUUUACUCAAUUACCCUUUCUGUCUAAAGAUCCGAAACCAUUCAGUGUGACAAAUAUGUAAUAAUAGAGGAAAUCAGGAAGGGGCAAAUACUUUUUUAUGACACUGUAUCUGUUUUCUAUACUGGCAUGCAUGACUGCAGUACAAAAUGUGCUAUACAAUUGUUGAUCUGAGUUGAUCUGUACAGCUUUGUUUUGCCAAUUAAAAUUGAAUGGCAUUAUUCAUUGAA